CACUCUCAUCGUGAGCUAGCAGUUUAGUUAGAGUUUUAGUUAGUGACGGUGUCUCUCGUGAAGCAGAAGAGGUUGCUAAAAGUGGAGACAAGAAUAGAAAUUAUUAAAGAAGAGGGUAGUAACAGUUAAUAAGCAAGACAAUAAAUUAACAAACUUCAUCACGAAAUUGAAUGAAUGAUGAUGAACUCUAUUGAGAGAGACACCGUCACAACAACGAAGCGAAAUUCCACUACAUCAAUGACGCUACAAAAUUAUGAUGAUGAUGAUGACAGCUGCUGCACUGUCAAAGCUUCACCACAGACAGAAUCGAACUCUGUGGCAAGAAAACGACGAAUGACAGAGCAGCUUUUGUCGAAGACUCCAAAAACACCUCGUCGAGGUUGUGAGAAUGCCAAUGACCCUGAUUUGACACAUAAUAUACUUGAAAUAAGGGAAGAUGAUAUCUCGAGUAACAGAAAAAAUAUGUCAUCAGAGAAUGUUUUUCAAGAGAACAUUGCAAUUGACUCUGACGGCAAUCGACGAGAUUGUAAACUAUUGAAGAAACCACCAAUGCAUCCUGAUGCGCCUAGCAAGCAGUUGAUAGAUGUUAAUCGACGAGAUGACACUAAAAGACUAAGAAAAACAGUCCAGUGGCUUGAAGAAAAUGCUAGAAGAUUAAGACAAGAUCUUGCUGAUGUUCGAAUGGAGCUUCAUGAAGAGAGAAAGGCUUUCAGGAUAGCAAAAAGGGAAUUUGAAGUAGCAAUUAAAGAAGCUAAACUUCAAGAAGCAGUUAAACAUCAAAGAAUUAUUGCCGAAUUAAAAACAAGAUUACUCUCACAAUCCCCUUCACGAGUAUCGAAUGAAUUUUCUGCUAAUGCGAAAGCAGAACUUUUAAAAGAAAUGAAUCACAAACGCGAGUUAUCUGUGGCAAAAAAACGCCUAUCUGAAGCUGAUGAAACGAUACGAAAACUCAAAUCGAACUCAUUAGAUCCAGGUGAUCCAAGAAAAAAACGAAUUAAAUGCUUGGAUGAUACUGAACUACGUAGAAUGGAGUGCGAAAUUCGAAACUUACGAGAGGCGAACAAGAGACUCGAUGAAAAACUUCUAACCGUCACGGAGGCGGAGAGAUGUCGUGCAGUUGAACUGAGAGUCCAACACGAGAAGCACGAAGCCGAGAUGAGUGCCCUGAAGAAAGCACUCCGUAGCGACAUGAUCAAGAUGAUGGACGAGAUACGAGCGAAAGACAGGGAGAUUGAAAAGUUGGAGAAACUUACAAAGCGGAAACUGAAGGACAAAGAAAAUAAAUUGAUGAGAAAAUUACGGGAGAAUGAGAGAGGCCAGCAGAUUCGUUUAACACCGAGGAUCGAGAACAAGGUUCCAUCAGAAAAUACUAUGGGCCUCUGCAAAGGAGAAUACGAGGACGAAGUCGAAAGACUUCGUGAACUUGCAAUGGAACAGCAGGAGGUGAUUGAAUAUUUACGUCAAGCAUUAAAAGAACGGGAGCGGAAGCUUGACCAGUUAUCGAAUAAAAAGAGAAAAGAAGAAUUUUAUAAGCAGUGGUUAGAAUUAGAGCCUGUCGCUGAAGUCGAUGACGAAGAAGAACAUGAGGAAGGUGAUAGUGCAUUGUCUAGUGCACCCUCAUCUUUAUCUCCACAACCAGGUGGAUGGCAGACGAAUGGAGGAAUCACAAGAGAAGCUUAUGAGGCUCUGAUACUUGAAGUUGAUGAACUUCAGACGAAAUAUCUAGAAGAACAGCAGGAAUUAGUUCAUGCAAAAAGUCAAGUAAGAGAACUAGAGAAAGCUCUUCUUCAAGAAACUAGAGGAAGUCAGAACAGUCGUCGGGCUCUUAGUGAUAAACUUAAAGAAGCUGAAGAGAGAGAAGCGGGAUUGAUAGCAGAAAUGUCAGAACUUCGAGAGCAGAAUGAAUUAUUGGAGUUUAGAGUUUUAGAAUUGGAAGAAGCUGGACCAAGAGAGAGUCCAGAUACUGCAGACAGUGGAAUUGUUUCGCCAGAGCCAACUCAAUUGUUCAAAGAUCAAGUAAAUAAGCAAAGAGAUCGAGUCGUCGCGACAGUAAUUCCUUAUAAUUCGUAUAGUCAAUCAAUGUCACCUAUUCUAGUACAGAAACCACCAUCGUCUCUUCAAGAAAGUGGAAUCUUUGACGAAGAAGAGACGGAACAUGAAGUCGAGCUUACUACUUGUGGUACUCAAACAGAAACACAUGCCGGUGAACUUCUUCAAGAAGUCCAGAGAUUGCAGGAACUCCGUGAAAGGAUUCAGGAGAGAGCGGCGAAAGUACCGGUUCCAAUGGACAUUUCUGACACUGGAGAGGAGAAUCGAUUGACGUCAUACAAAGAGAGGAUUCGAGAACUCGAAGAACGACUUGAAGUAUACGAAGAAGCGGAGAAAAAAAGGUUACAGGAACACUUGAUUGCAAAGCAGAGAGAAGAAGACUUGUUGGAUGAGAAUUAUCGACUUGCUGAAAAGGUUUACUGGUUAGAAAAUGCAAUUCAAAAAUCUCAAGUCGAUGUAAGAACCAUGACAAAAAAUUCGAACACUCGAAAUUCUUCAACAUCCACCGAUGACAUUAUUACAGAGUAUAGAAGUAUGCCAUGUAAUGACUCUCUAUCGUUUUCACGAUGUCAAAAUAUUUUCCACGAAGCUCUAGUUAAUCUUGAUGAAACUAAACAGUCGAUUUCAUCUAAAAAGAAUUUCAAUGGAUUUGGAAUAGCUACUGAACUUUACAAAAGUAACAAUUCUAUGAACGAGUGCUCUCAGUGUGAAGCAAUAAGACAAGAUUAUGAUGAAAAGAUUCAACAGUUGGCAAGAGCUGAAUGUUGUCUACGGCGGCAGAUGAUUGACUUAGAAUGUAAAGAGAGAGCAUUUGCAAAGACUCUUCAGCAAGUGGAUAUGACGUGGUCUCAGCUGGAAAAUGAUCAAACUGCUAAGUUGGCGAAGAUUGAACGAGAUCUGACAGAGAAAAAUGCUAUUAACCAGAAGAUGAUAGGAAGAAUUUUUGAGCUUGAGGAUUGUAUAAAAAAUCACUCCUGUUGCGAUAUUUCGCGUCACAAUGACGAAAUUGACAUGGGCCAUGCAUUUGAUACUUCAAAAGCUUUUACAGUUCUCCAUACUUCAGAUAAAAUCAACCAAACUGAUGAACCAAUGGAAGUCGAUAAUGAAUUCAAAAAAUCUGUAAUCAAUCGAUUUACACAGACUGAAAAAUUUCAACAGACUGAUUGUGAUGGUUUGGAGAAUGUACUUCGUAAUCCUUCAGAAGAUGUAAUCGCGGAAUUUGUAGAAGAAACUCGCGAGGAGCAUGAGGAAGAAAGAGCAUCAGGCUCAGUGUCUCGUGUUCACUUACAAUCUAAAGAAAAUCCAGUGGAUGCUUUUGUGUCAAUAAACAAGUCAGAGGCUAAAGAGAAGGUUAGAAAAGGACGAAAUAGGCGUAGGGAGUGCGACGGUUGGGCGUUGAGAGUGUGGAACGCGAAUAAUAGCAGCAACUUGGUUAAAUCAAUUGUUGGUCUUCAUGAACUCGUGCUCUAUCAAGAGAUAUGCGUGUAGAGUUAGUAACAUCAUUUUGUGUAGAUGAUUAAUCAGCCGUACCGCGUAAACUAUCAUUCUUUCUAAACAUAUUUUCAUCCUUCCGAGUGUACAAUCUUCAAAAAUGUCGAUAUGAAUGAUGGCGGAGCUGAACUGUGUUAAAAACAAAAGUAAUAAAAUAAUCAUGAUUGAUGAAUAAUAAUCAUAAAGGGGCAGAAGUGUAAAAUAAUAAUAUGGAUCAAUUUACUAACGGUUCAACGGAAGCUCGAAGAGAUGAUGUCUCGGACAUGCAAGUCGACAGAGGGAAAUAAAACAGGGUAUGAAUAUGUACCUUGGAGAAAUGGAUGAUGAGAUACAAUCUCAUUUCACUUAAUGGCUGGCUCGAGACUGGCCUAAGCAGAUCAUCUACUUUCGUUGGAGGUGAAGGAUUUAUUAUUUCUUCGUUGCGGUAAUAUUUUCACAAAAUAGUGGCUUGACUCUUGCAGCAGAAGCUUCUCGCAUGACCAGCAUAACACCUCACUCAUGUUGAGGGCACUGCAUUAUUAAUUCUAUCAGUAAGGACAAUACUGCUGGCGCUGCUUGGUAUGCCCAAGUGACGACCAGGAAUGGUACGUCCUACCGCGCAAACGAAGGCACCUCUAAUCAGCAUUUCUAAACCACAAAUGAACAUCAUCACAUUUUUGAUAUAUUUAUAAAAUUUGUCUCUCUCUCUUUCUUCCUCUCUAUGAUACAAAUUAUUGCGUAUUACAUCUUGCAUUAAAAGCUGCAUCAUACAAUCUUAAACUCCAGUUACUGUGUAAAAUUACUCAACGCCAUCAAAUAGUUUUCGUUAAAAAAAAACGACCACAAAUGUAUCCGACUUGAAUAUAACGACGAAUAGAAAGUUGUUGAAGUAAUUGAUUACAAGUAAGGUUUUGUUUGUUUUGUAUGUUUCAUAAAUUAUUUUGUUAUCAUUUUAUUCAAAUAUCGACGUGCGUUCUUGUAUUUAUUUACUUCAUAAGUAGUUAGAGGUUUUUUUUUGACAAUUUUAUUGUAAUUAUUGUCAAAAAUUAGUCGGGGGAUCUGUUGAUGAGUGUACAAAAAUUUAGUUAAGAUUCAGGUAACUUCUAGUCCAAGUUUUAUGUUUAGUUGUAUUAGUUAAGAUUAUGGAGUAACGAAAUGAUAUGGACAAGAGACGUCUUUUUUAAUUCGUGCUUCUGAUCUGUAAUCGUUGGUUUGGCCCGCCUAUAAGUAAUAACAUUUAACUCUAGAUUUUAAUCUUUUUAUUGCGAAUAAUAAUUAUUGUAAUAUAAACAAUAUAUUUAUCAAUGCGUUAUUAAUAUGUUUUAUUAAAGAAACACUGUACCUAGUGAAA